GUCAAGUAGACAUGAUUGUGGCUGGAGCUGGCACAGGAGGCACCAUCACUGGUAUUGCCCGAAAAAUCAAGGAGAAAUGCCCUGGAUGCUCAAUUGUAGGUGUUGACCCUGAAGGAUCUAUCCUAGCGGAGCCUGAAAAAUUAAACGUAACUGACAAGACAAUUUAUGAAGUGGAAGGUAUUGGAUACGAUUUCAUACCCACAGUUCUGGAUAGAUCGGUGGUAGACAAAUGGUAUAAGUGUAACGAUGAGGAAUCUUUUGCCUUCUCACGCAUGCUAAUCAGAGAAGAAGGAUUGCUUUGUGGUGGCAGCUCAGGUAGUGCCAUGUCUGUUGCCGUCAAGGCAGCCCAAGAGCUAAAAGAAGGCCAGCGUUGUGUUGUCAUCCUUCCCGACUCUGUCAGGAACUACAUGUCUAAGUUUUUAAGUGACAAAUGGAUGAUCCAAAGAGGAUUCAUGAAAGAAGAGGAUAAUGAUAUUAAGAAGCCUUGGUGGUGGCACGUGAAAGUUCAGGAAUUAUGCCUGUCUGCCCCUCUAACUGUACUGCCAAGCGUUACCUGUGAAAAGACUAUUGAAAUACUCAGAGAGAAGGGAUUUGACCAAGUACCAGUAGUGGAUGAAUCUGGACUGAUUCUGGGGAUGGUUACUCUUGGCAAUAUGCUCUCUUCGGUGCUUGCUGGUAAAGUACAGCCCUUGGAUAAAGUCAGCAAAGUAAUCUACAAGCAGUUCAAAACGAUUCACUUGCAGGACAACUUAGGAAAGCUCUCUCAUAUUUUGGAAAUAGAUCAUUUUGCUCUGGUGGUACAUGAACAGAUUCAGUAUCACAGUGAUGGUGAAUCUAGUAAAAGGCAAAUGGUAUUUGGUGUUGUUACGGCAAUUGACUUGCUGAAUUUUGUGACUGCCCAGGAACAGAAGAGAAACACAACCUAAGUUCAAGAAACAUGUCAACAGGGCUCGUUUCAUUGGCUUUUCACAUUAAAAAAAAGUCUCUCUCUUCUUCUUUUUUGCUUCUUUUGUUAGAACAGUCUAGAAAAAAAAACCCUUUUGGUCAAAAUGAAUACCAUCAGAGUCAUUAUAAACAACUGUUAGAAUUUAAAAUGUUGUAAUUUCUAGAAUGUAGUGAGCACAUUGAAAUAUAAGGACACUGGGAAGUUUUAAGAUUAAUCAUUUCAGUAAAGAAUUGCUUUGUUUGCACAUACAAAUUUUAUAUUGUGAAGGCACUGUUGAGCUGGAGGACUAAGGCCUGAAUGAUCAAGCCACCACAACAGGAAGGCUAUGUGACAGCUUCCCAAAACCCAUUGCUGGUCCUGCUUCCACAUUAUGGUGUGGUCUAGAAACUCUUCCAUUUCUUACAUUAUGCUGUUUUGCAACCCAGAAUGGUAUUAGAUAUCUUAAUCUUUAAUCCUAUUAAAGUUGACCAGUGUCAAACCUACUGGCUGACUUCUAGUGCACAGAAGAAAACACAACUAUUUCCUAACCCAGUCUUCAUAAAGGAUUUGUCUUCAUAUAUAUCCAAGGGUUGGAAUAUAUAAUUACAUGAGCAAUAGGGAAAGUGGUCUGAAAACAUCUUCUCUGCUCUAUUACUGUUUUAACCUCCUUUUACAGAUGCUUGUUUGUUUAUCCAGAUGUUUCUGCUGAAUUCCAUAUUUCACCCAUUUUCCCAACCCUCAACACAAAACAUGACAAAACAUCCAUUAUCCCUCCUACUUGCAGAUUUCACUUUCUGAAUGCUUAAUAGCAGUUCCCUUCCUUAUUCUGGUCAAAUUAUGGGUGCAAGGGAAAGUAAGAAAUUGCUUUGCCAGUAAGUAAAAAAUGAGGGGAAAAACUCUUUAACUAGUUCAUGCAGUUUCCAUUCGUUUGUGUACAUUUUGUGUAAUCAAAGAGAAUUUUGUGUACUUGAAACACUAUUAGCUCAUAGCACCUCUGGCAGCAUCAGAAAAUACUCUAUUUUCUCUACUGUUAAGUAUUCUAGCAUCUAAUGUUCUAUUUAUAUAUUGUUGGCUAGCUUGACUGCUAACAUAUUUGUUCUACAAAGACCAAAUCAGAAUAUUUAAUAUUAAAUCAAAAUAUGAUUCUAUCUGCACAUUGUUUUAACUGUCCAGCAUCACGUUGGCCAAGUAAUUGUUAUCUCUGUUUUGUUCAUGGGUAUGAUAUGUUAUUUAAAAUGAUACUUGUUUAGCUGGUCAUAAUAGUCUUAAUGGGGAAUAACUGCAAACAAACUUAGCUGUUUUCUGAUUCUUUUGGUAUUCUCCUUUGAUGUAGGAUUUUCUUUUCUUUUGUGGUUUACUUUAACUUCUACUGGAAGUUUUAAAGAAGUGUGCUAUUUAUACUGUACUUUUUCCAGUCACAACGGUACUUGUUUCAUGCCAGAAAAAUCUUGACACAAUCAAGGACCAAGUUAUCAAACAGAAGGUUCUUGCAUGUGUAUGGAAUUCAGAUUAUGAUAUAAAACCACUAAAAGGCUACUGUAAUAUAAUAAAUGAGGAAUUACUAUUUGGUCUCAAAAAUAUUACUCUGCAUUCAAUGUUCCAGUAAGCAUUUCUGGUUCUUUAGGACCAUGAAAGAGUCUUCUGUCUGUUUUCAAAGUUUGGAUUCUAUGUCAUGUUUAUUCCAAAUUUACUACAAAGAAUUAAAUAAAUGUCUUGAUAAGUUAAUAAAGCUGGAAUCUAACUA